AUGGCUUUGAAGGAAGAGGUGGUGAUUGAAAAUAAGGAAGUGAUGGCCAUUCAACAGAAGGUUUUCAUUGAAAAGAAGGAAGAUGAGAGAGGACCAGCUUUGGAACAAUAUGCCCCAUAUCCUCUCUACAAAGGCAUGCUACUUGACAUAUCCAAGCAGAAGGCUCAGAAUCAAGAUAGGAGAGAUCAAGAGGAGAUUGGGACAGCUAUUGUUCCAACAAAACUUGAAGAUCCAGCACAAAAGCUUGGGCAAACUGAAUACAAGUCCACCAAUCUUCACAUAUGUCUAGCUGAUGGAUCAAACAAGGAUGUGGUUGGUAAGUUGGAAAACCUUCCAGUCAAGAUAGGAAAGGCAAGAAUUCCUACAGACUUUGUGGUUAUAGAGAUGGAUAAGGAACUUGAAGACCCUAUCAUCCUAGGGAGGCCAUUCUUAGCCACUGCCGGAGCUGUUAUAGAUGUCAAGGAAGGUCUUGUAACCUUGAACAUAGUUGAGGGUUUAACCAUGAAAUUUGACAUCUAUAACCCAACCAACCUGCCUACUAUUGGUGAUCAACCUUUUACUAUCAAGGACAAAGGUGGUCAUGAGGUCUCAAGUGAAGAGGAAACUCCAAAGGCUAAGUUCUCAUCUCCAGAGGAAUCUGUUGAAAGGCUCAAGGGUUCAGUUCAAGACAUGGACGUCACGAGCCACGAGCUUAAUGUCGACCCAACCUACAAACCGGUCAAGCAAAAGCGGCGUAAACUCGACCCCGAACGAACCAAGGCAGUAAAUGACGAGGUCAAGAAGCUGCUCGCGGCCGGAUCUAUCAUGGAAAUCAAAUAUCCCGAAUGGUUAGCAAAUCCGGUGGUGGUGAAAAAGAAGAAAGGGAAAAACAGGGUCUGCAUCGAUUUCACCGACCUCAAUAAAGCCUGCCCCAAGGAUAGUUACCCGUUGCCGCAUAUUGAGAGGCUCGUCGAAGCCACGGCAGGGAAUGCACUACUCUCCUUCAUGAAUGCCUUUUCAGGGUAUAACCAAAUCUUGAUACACGCUGAUGACCGCGAGAAGACUGCCUUUAUCACCGAUUAG